CACCCGUCCGUGUAUCAUUUGAGAGCUCUACACAUCGAGUAGAAGUAAAUUCGGGUUGCAGUCGAUGGUCUGAAAUCCACAGGAAGAUGGACACGGUUGCGGAGAUAUGAGACAACUGAGGCUAGUGGCAGUUCCUCUUUCAACAUAGAUGCAGCUGUGAGGUGACGUCCAUCUUGAAAAAACGACCUGAGAAAGACAUCAGCAUGUCCGCUCAAGAGGGGGCGGAGAAGAACGGGAGCGGGAGUGGGAACGGCAGCGGCAGCGGGAGCGGGAGCGGGAGUGGGAACGGGAGUGGGAGCGGGAGCGGGAGCCAACCAGACAGCCGCCUGAAGAGCAAGAAACCUCCGAGCCUGACCAUCUCCAUCCCUCCAUCCCAGGAAGAGUGUGAAGCAGACUCCACUAAACCGCCCUUGCGGUCCUCGCUGAAGAAGAGUGUGACCAUGCAGCAAUCGAGCGAGGCGUUGUCCGAUGGCGGCCCCUCCGCCGACUCCAGGAGAGCCGAGUUCCGCCGACAGACGUCCCUCUCGCAGAGCAUCCGCCAGGGCACCGCACAGUGGUUUGGCGUGGGCAGCGACUUCGAGACCAAGCAGCAGGUGUGGCACCGCAAGAGCCUACGCCACUGCAGCCAGCGCUACGGCAAGCUGAAGCCACAGCCCGGCGACACCGACACCAGCAGCAUGGAGAGGCUGGAGUCGCCCGCCACCUUCAAGAUGCCAAAGAUUGUGGACCCCCUGGCCCGCGGCCGUGCCUUCCGUAACCCCGAUGAGACGGAUCGGCCGCCCCGGACGCCGCACACCCCCCGCAUCACCUCCUUCAGCUCCUUCUCCAGCCAGCGCUCCGGCUACAGCCGCCUGCCGCACCGCAAGAGGGAGUCCGUCGCCCGCAUGAGCAUACGCGCCGCCUCCAACCUCAUCAAGGGUCGGCAGGGGCAGGGCUCACUGGCCGGACGUGGUUAUCCCCGCCGUAGCUUCCCCCGGCCCAGCUGGAUGGAGGAGGACACCGUGGACACGGCCGACACCUCCGACUCCGUGUUCUUCAGCAAGAUGGAUGCCCGAGACGAGAUGUACUCCAUGGCUGACGACGUGUUCGAGUCGCCCCCCCUCUCAGCCGCUUACGGCCCCGGAGACAUGUCCUUCGGUGAAGGCGCUCCUUUCCACAGCCUUAGGGACAUCAGUAAGACCCCCCUCCCCUGCGACGGGCCCCAGCAGCGCAGAGGGCACCGCAUCGCCUCCCAGGUCAAGCACUUCGCCUUCGACAAGCACAAGCGACUCUACGGCAUGGGCGUGGUGGGCAAGUGGCUGAACCGCAACUACCGCCGCAGCCUCAGCAGCACCGUGCAGAAGCAGCUGGAGGACGUCCACAGCCACCGGCCUUACUUCACGUACUGGAUCACGUUCGUCCACAUCGUCAUCACCCUCCUGUCCAUCUGCACUUACGGCUUCGCCCCCGUCGGCUUCUCCCAGCGCUCCACCACUGACCUGGUGCUGAGACACAAAGGGAUUUACGAGAGUGUGAAGUACGUCCAGCAAGAGAACUUUUGGCUCGGGCCCGGCUCAGACGAUCUCAUCCACCUCGGGGCCAAGUUCUCUCCUUGCAUCAGACAGGACUCCCAGAUUUGGUCGCUCAUCCAGAAAGCCACAGCCCUAGAGAAAGAGACGGGCUGCUGCGUCCAGAACGACAACUCGGGCUGUGUGCAGACACUUAAUGAACACUGCUCAGAAACACUUGGCACUUUUAUAAAAUGGGCAAAUGAAGAUGUAGACAUCAUUAGGUCAUCUGGCGCUGUGUGUAACCAGGACCCCAGGAUCUGUGAAGAGCCUGCCUCCAUACUACCGCACAUUUGGGCUGAUAACAUCACUCAGUGGCCGAUCUGUACCAAGCGAGGUGGGAACCACACAGGCCUCCGACACAUGGACUGCAAGAUUAAAGGCCGGCCCUGCUGCAUAGGCACGAAAGGGCAAGGUGUGAGAUAA